CAACACACGCGCUGCACCAGCUUUGACCAUAUUCCUAGUUCCUACCUACCCCGAAACACCAUUUUGCUGGCUCCCUCGUCGCAUGACCACCCACCUCCGAUCACGCACCUACUUUCUUCACCGGACAAUAUUUCGUCUUCUUCGAUCGACAAAUUGAGGUAUGUCGACUCUAGACGAAGGAAACGAUAAGAAUUUGGUUCCUUCUGAUCAAGGACAUGAUGAAACUUCAUCUAAUUGGAGACGACGUCCGAGAGCUCACGUGUGGGCUUAUUUCGAGAGGAUAACCGGGGAAGACGGGUUACCAAAACAAAGGUGCACCACUUGUAACAAGGUGUACGCUAUUGCUCUGCGUUCAGGUACAUCGACUCUGAGGAGACACUUACGGAAGUGUGCUCCACAGCUGUUAACCCAGUUUAACUCAACCCGAGCUGUCCCAUACGCCAACAGUGGUAGGUCUAGUGAUGAGAUGUCGGAAGAGGUUAGGGCUGCCAAUGUGAAUCAGCCAACAGCUACUAAUUUUGAUCCGAAGCACAACAUUUGCUGUGUGCUUGAUAAAGAGUCACCAAAGAUGAAGCCGUUUGUUGAAAUGGUGCCGUUUAUUGAACGGUCCAGAAUUAAGAAGGCAGUUACUGAUCAGUGCCCGGCAUAUAGAACUCACAUUGAAACUUUCUGGAUGAAUGCAAAGUUUGUGGACAGUCCUCCGAGAAUACACUCGGUUGUCAAAGACGGAAAUGUGGAUAAGGAGGUUGUAAUUACCGAAGCCUUGAUCAGAGAAGUACUUGCUUUCGGAGACAAGCCAGAAGAUCCGACAGGUUAUUCGGAAAGAAUGGUUAAGGGAUGUUUUAUGCGCAUGGGAUACAAGGGGCAUGUGAACACACCAAACUUUUUAAAGAGCAGUAUCUCCAGACCAUACAAGUUUUUGAUGCAUGUUGUCAUACAUGCAUUUGGGCAUACUAGAAAAAGUGGAUAUGAUAUAGCUCUUGACUACAUAAUGUGCAUGAUUGUUGCCCUGACAUUGAAUCUUCCUUACAACUUUUCAAAAGUCAUUUUUACUCAAAUGAAGGAUAAUCUUACACCGAAUGGAUGGUUGUUGAUGUAUCCGAGGUUUGUACAAAUGCUGUUAAAUCAUCUUUUACCCAAUCUGGAAAAGAAAGAUGACGAUCUACUGAAGCUGGAACACAUGAACGAUUUAUCUCGGAUCAACCGUUACAAGAAGCAAGCUGAGGUAGAUAUUCCUAAAUUCAAGAGAUUGAUCGGGGCAUUAGGUAAUGAAAACUAUGUGGCUCCACCGAAAGAUAAAUGGAGAAACGAUGGUAGUGACUCUGACAACGAGGAUAAACAAAUGGAAGGUUUUAAAGAGAGAAGAAGCAAAUGGUUCAUAAAGGAUGAGAAACCGAAGAAAGCGAAGAAACAAACCAAAAGAAAAAGAGCUUCACGAAUAAUGCUUAGAGACGAAAGUGAAGAAGAUGAUUUAAUAUGUGCAAUUUCUGAAAUAGCGAAAGACAUAGAAGAUGAAGUUUUGCAGAGAAGUGGAUCGGGUGAAGAAGCUGACAAUGAAACAACUGAAAGUGAAGAAAUGGAUGUAUUAACACUCAAUAAGCCAUAUUCUGUUAUGCAUGAUUCAAGAACGAGAGCUGAGAAAAAGGCUGCAAAAUCAAAGAAGAAACAAUUAGGAGAUGAUGAUGAUGAUCCUAUUCCAGUGAGAAAGAUGACAGGUCGUAAGAAAAGCAAAGCUUUGACGAAUGUGAAAAAGACGGGAUCUUUUAUGGCUAAGAAGGCAAGGAAGGCGGUUGAGGAACUUUCGAUCGAAACAACCGCUGGAGCUGAACCAGCAGUUACAAAAAAGAGUGCACUGAUUAUUGAAGAAGAGAUGAUUACUCCUGCAUCUCAACAAACGCCUACACCACCAAUCUCACCACAACCACAAGCACAACAACGUCAACAACCUGAACAAACUGGUCCUUCAUCUGCUACUUCCGACAGAGAUUUUAUGUUUGAUGGUCAACCGUUCCUUAAUGGUGAAACAAUGGAAUAUGAUUUGUUUAGAGAUACAAAUGAUAAGAAGAUAAAGUGUCUGAAGGUGACAAAAGAUUUGGAAGAAGACAAGAAACUCAAAAGAUUAUUCUUUAAAGAUAGAAUGCGGGAGAUAAGGGAGAAUAGUUUGAAUAUAAAAUUGAAGAUGAAUUUGAUAAUAAGAUCAUAUUGGAAGAAGCAGGGACUAGAAGCUGAAUUUGAUAAAAAUAGAAUUAAAAUAGCUGAAGCUAGAGCUGCUGAAAAGGCAAGAAAAGCUGUUGAAUGGGCAAGAAAAGCUGCUGAGUCAGAACCAGCGGUUGUUAUUAUUGACAAAGGCAAGAAAACUGUAGAUGCUACGCCUGAGAUCGUGUUAGAACCUGUUAAAGAAAAAUCUCCUGAAAGAGUGAUAGAGAAAGAUUCAGAGCCGAUAGAUAUUGCAAAAUUCAUUCUUGUACCUGAUGUUGAACAAGAAGACGAUGAUCAAGAGGAAGAGGAUGAUGAGAAGUCAGAUUAGCUUGACCCAACAUUAAAGACGAUGGUGUGAUUAGUUAAAAAAAUAUCUGUAGUGAAUUCAUCAAGCUGUGAGUUGUUAAAAUAACAUGUUUUAAACAAACCAUGUUUUUGAAAUAA